UGCGAUACCAGAAUCUCACAGGGCUAGUGCUCAAUGGUAAGAGUGAAUUUUCUUAUCACAGUAAUAUUCUUCUCGAUUUUGCUUGUACGAUGUGAUCCGUAACGCGUGAAAGAUGGACGAAUUUACUUGAAAAUCCUCGAUUGAUUUUGCAUGACUGGUGCUCAGUUUGAAGACAUAGUGCAAACAUACAAUCGAGGAGACGAGGGGAAAAACAGAAAGACAGAAAAGUGGAUGGAGAUUUAACGUUGUCAUUACUUACGAAGAUGAGAGCACUGCACACAAUCAUGAAUUCAACCUGCGCUUAUUGUACGCUCGAACCACCUCCCGACAUCCUUCACAUACCUCCGCCACCAUUUCCGGCUAUUCUUCAACAAGGUUCCGAUUUUUACCCAAGCUCUGACAUCCUGCCAUUUCCACCGCAUUUAAAUGACAGUCCCUGCAAGCAUUUCUGCGAUCGGCGCUCCGAAGGGGUUCAAUAUAUAGAAAUGCCCCAACAAGGAACUGUAUUUGACGACACGUGGCUCCUGAUCCUAAUAUCGUCCUGUGUCGGUGUCAUUUUUAUCGGCGUAGUGCUCGCAACGUUGCUCUUAAAAUGUAAAUUCAAUAGAAAUGGGAAAAGCGGGGUGAUCUCUAUGCCGAAUGCAACUUCCGGGAUGCAAGCGAAAAACGGUAGACUUCAAAAUGAGGCGGUGCUUUAUCCGUGCACGGCGGAUACUAUGCAGGAUAGUCGAGUCAUGUGGGCCACUCUCACCCCACGUGGGACCACGCGACACUAUCUGGAGGAGCACACAUACGAGACGAUCGGAAGUGGGCAAUUCCACAAACGUGCCUGUGCUACCACACCAACCGAACAUGUAAAACUCAAGACAUAUGCCGAUCCACCAGCUAUUACUCCAGUGCAAAAUCGACCAAAGGACGACAAAGCUUUCGAUAACACUGCAUUCGUAGAUUAUGAGGAACCUUUGUCUAUCAAGACUGAAUAUUAUCAGCUCAAUGACGUUCUAGAGCCAAAUGAAUCGGGCAUACUUACAAUUCAGAGAGGAACCCUCCGUCCACGCGUGAGUUCUCCAACGAGAAUCGAACAUCCGAAUUUACCUCCAUUGAACCUUCAUCCGCAUAAGCGUGCAUCUCGAAAAGGUUCCGGGACGCAACAUACUUCGGAUACACUGCUGAGAAGCAGCAUCACUUCAUCCACUUAUAUACCUACUAUAUAAGUAUCUCGUCCUCUUUUUGUUACAUUUCGAUCGCCGAUAAGCGAAGUUACAUUGUGCACCCUUUACAUCUGUUACAUCAUCGUAUCUAGUCAUUGUAAGCACGUACUGACCGUACAAGUCGAAUAACAGACAUGUAGUCGUGAGAAAUUCUUUUCUAUCGAUUGAUAUAAGAUUGUGAUUGUGAUUGUGUAGACGUAGGUGUAGACUAAAUAGAAUAAAUAAUGUAUGUUACAUUUGCAUCUUACGAAAUAAAGCAAUGCAUAUAGCAAAA